AUGGACGUGGCCGCGCAGUGCCGCAUCGCGGCCAGGAAGUUCACGCAGACGGACUGCGCGGAGAGCUCCACCGAGGCCAUGGGCCUGGGCCUGGAGGCCCUCAACGCCGCCCUGGCCUGCGCCGAGGUCACAGAGACCACCGCGGCAGAGCUGCAGAGCAAGGAGGGCACCGAUGAGGGCGACCGCUUUGUGGGUGCAGCCGUGAGGGCCUCCCUGGCCGCGGCCACCGCCUCCAACGCGGCGAUGUCCGCGGCCAUCGCGGCGGUGGAGGGCAACCGCCAGGUGAUCCAGGCAGCGCACGCAAAGACGGAACCUGCUGAGGCUGAGGAAGAGGAGGCCCAGGAGGCCAAGUCGGAGAAGUCGGAGUCAGAUAGGUCUGAGCAGCCGGAAGAGACUCGGCGUGUGUCGGAGGAUUUGGGCGUCAGGAGGCAGAUCACCCAGAGGAACAACAACCACAAGGUGCUUCAAAGACUGAACGCCGAGAUCCUGACGCACCAGAAGAACGUCCGGCAGUUCCUGCAGGCCAACCGCCAGCUGAUCCCGGAAGUGACCUGCGAGGCCAAGGGCAAGGCGCACAUGCUGUUGCAGGACUAUGCUUGUGAGGUGCGACUGGAGUUGCAGCAGCUUCCAGUGGAGGAGCUGCUGCCGGCGCUGAAGAGCUGCGGUCUGCUGGCGCCCCUCUUCCAGAAGCAGGUCCUCGCCAUCCCGGUCUGCCCCAAGACCCGGGUCUUAAAGAUGACCGCGCUCUACGAUCUGCAGACCACUCUGCAGGUGCUGGAACUGGAAGUCUUUCAGCCGGUGCGGCAGAAGUUGGGCAAGGCUGAUCACGCGCCUUUGGAUGAGAUAGUGCAGCACGUUGACAAGGAGCUUCGCAGUUACACAGGGGAGGACUGA